AUGCGGACGCUGGCGGCGGUGCUGGCGGCGGUGCUGGCGCUGGGGGCAGCCCUGCCCCGCCCGGGGCUGCUCCCGCACGGCCCGGCCCGCGGCGAUGCCCGGCUCCGGCCCGGAGACGACGAGAGCUCUCCGGGGCUGCUGCUCCGCCGCGCCCUCCGCCUCUACGGCCGCGCCGCCCGCCGCCUCUACGUGGGGACCAACGGGGUCAUCUCCACCCAGGAUUUCCCCAGGGAGACCCAGUACGUGGAUGACGAUUUCCCCACAGACUUCCCCGUCGUCGCCCCCUUCCUGGCCGACCUGGACACCUCCGGGGACAGAGGGAACAUCUACUACCGGCAGGAUGACUCUCGGGACGUGCUGGACCAGGCUGUGCGAUACAUCCGGGCCGGGUUUCCCCGCUCUGCUGGCGCCUUCGUGCCCACCAACGCCUUCAUUGCCACCUGGGAGGAGGUGGGCGCCUACCAGGAGCUCUCCCAGGACACCGAGCCCUCCACGAAGCUCAACACCUUCCAGGCAGUCAUAGCCUACAACGAUGAGGACACCUACACCAUCUUCCUCUACCCUGACGGUGGCCUCCAGUUCCUGGGGACGCGACCCAAGGAGUCCUACAACGUCCAGCUGGAGCUGCCAGCCCGGGUGGGCUUCAGCUGGGGGGACAGCGAUGACCCGAAGAGGGAUGGGCUCUUCCACAGCCUGGCCAGCAGCGAGCAGGCUCUGAGGAACCUGGAGAGGGAGAGCAACACGGGAAUCCCUGGCGUGUGGGUUUUCCACGUGGGCAGCACGGAGCACGUGGAGCCGGGGGGUGGCGAGGGAGCUGCUCCUGCUGUGCCUCAGAGCCCCGCUGAGCACCCCAACCCUGGCACCGCCGGACACCCCCACCCUCUCUCCAGCCACCCAUCCAUGGCCCAGCGUCCCAGCCACGGAUCCCACAGCCCGGUGCUCCUAGGCUUUGUCCCCGGGAGGAGGGACGCACAGGAGCGGAGCCGCUGGCUGCAGCCCAGAGGGGACGGUGGCACCGGGCAGAGCUUCUCUGCCAACCCCUCCUCCUACAGCUCGGGCCAGCACGGCGUGGGCGUGGAGGAGGACGUGCAUUUCAACCCCGACGUGUUCACCUACAGCGCGGCCAGCAAGGAGACGUGUGCCCAGCACCACGGGCGCUGCUCCCCUCACGCCUUCUGCACCGACUACGCCGCCGGCUUCUGCUGCCACUGCCGGGCCACCUUCUACGGGAACGGGCGGCAGUGCCUGCCCGAAGGGGCCGUGCAUCGCCUCAACGGGAAGGUGAGCGGGAGCCUGAGGGUGGGACGGGCGUCCGUCGACUUCCAGGACGUGGACCUGCACGCCUACAUCGUGGGCAGCGACGGCAGAGCCUACACGGCCAUCAGCGGGGUGCCCCAGCCCGCUGCCCGCGCCCUGCUGCCCCUGCUGCCCGUCGGGGGGCUCUUCGCGUGGCUCUUCGCCCUGGAGGAGCCUGGCUCUGAGAACGGCUUCAGCAUCACCGGUGCUGAAUUCACCCAGAGCCUGGAGGUGACGUUUUACCCCGGUGGGGAGACAGUCCAGGUCACUCAGACAGCCGAGGGCCUGGGGCCGGACAAUUAUUUAAACCUCAGGACACACAUCCAGGGUGAGGUGCCAUUCCUGCCAGAGAACGUCACCGUCCACAUCACUCCCUACGAGGAACUCUACUCCUACUCCAGCUCGGCCGUGACAUCCUCGGGCCAGCGGGAAUACGUGGUGGCCGCGGGCACCGCCAACCAGACCGUGUCCUACCGCCUGCGACAGAACAUCACCUUCUCGGGGUGCCCGCACUCGCGGCCGCCGGCGCGGCAGCGGCUCUCGGUGGCGCGCGCCUUCACCCUCUUCGACGGCCACGAGCACGUCCUGCGCUACGCCCUGGCCGCCCGCGUCGGCCCGGCACGAGGCGAUGCCGAGAAUCCCGGGGUGAGCCCGUGCCAGGAUGGCUCCCACGCGUGCCAGGCACCGGCGCGCUGCCAGCCCGGCGUGGGCACAGAGUACACGUGCGAGUGUGCCGCCGGCUACCGCCCAGAUGGACGCGGCUGCCGAGAUGUGGACGAGUGUGCCGAGGGCCUGAGCCAGUGCGGGCCCUUCUCCGAGUGCCGGAACGUGCCGGGCAGUUACCGCUGCGAGUGCCGCGGCGGGUACGGGCCGGCGGCGGACGGGCAGGCGUGUGUGCCGCUGGCCCCGGCGGGUGACCCCUGCGAGGACGGGCGGCACCCCUGCGCUCCGGGGGACCGGGCGCGGUGCCUGUCCCGCGGUGACGGCCGCGCCACCUGCGAGUGCCUCCCCGGCUACACCGGCGAUGGCAUCCACUGCUCUGACGCGGACGAGUGCGCCGAGAGCCCGUGUCACCCAGCCGCCGUCUGCUACAACACCCCGGGCUCCUUCUCCUGCCACUGCCGGCCCGGCUACGCGGGCGACGGCUUCCAGUGCACGUACGAGCCCACGGAGCGGCCCCCCAGCAUGUGCGAGCGCUGGCGGCAGAGUUUGCUGGAGCACUACGGCGGCAGCCCCCGCGGGGACCAGUACGUGCCCCAGUGUGACCCCAGCGGGGACUUCACCCCGCUGCAGUGCCACGGGGACAGCGGCUACUGCUGGUGCGUGGAGCAGAGCGGCAGGGAGAUCCCGGGGACGCGCUCCGAGCCCGGCACCACCCCGCCCUGUCUGCCCAGUGUCACCCCGCCCAGCGUCCGGCCCGAGCCCCGGCCCGACGUGUCCCCGCCGGCCGCGGGGACGUUCCUGCUCUACGCCCAGGGCCAGCAGAUCGGCUACCUGCCGCUGAACGGCACCCGGCUGCACAAGGAGGCGGCCAAGACCCUGCUCUCCCUGCAUGGCUCCAUCGUGGUGGGGAUCGACUACGACUGCCGGGAGAGGAUGAUCUACUGGACCGACGUGGCCGGGCGGAGCAUCAGCCGGGCGGGGCUUGAGCGUGGCCGUGUCCCGGCAGGGUUGAUCAGCCCCGAGGGUCUGGCCGUGGACCACCUGCGCCGGGCCAUGUUCUGGACGGACAGCGGGCUGGACAGGAUCGAGCGGGCCCGGCUGGACGGCUCCGAGCGCCGCGUGCUCUUCCACAGCGAGCUCGUCAACCCCCGCGCCAUCGCCGUCGACCCCGUCCGAGGCAACCUUUACUGGACGGACUGGAAUCGUGAAGCUCCCAAAAUCGAAACUUCCACUGUCAAUGGAGACAACAGGAGGGUUCUGGUGCACUCAGACAUUGGUUUGCCCAAUGGCCUGACUUUUGACCCCUUCUCCAAGCUGCUGUGCUGGGCAGAUGCAGGCACCAAGCACCUGGAAUGCACAUUCCCAGACGGCAGCGGCCGGCGCGUCAUCCAGAGCAACCUCAACUACCCCUUCAGCAUCGUCAGCUACGCCAACCACUUCUACCACACGGACUGGAGACGGGAUGGGGUGAUAGCUGUAAAUAAAGAAACUGGCUCCUUCACUGAUGAGUAUCUUCCAGAGCAGCGAUCCCACCUCUAUGGAAUCACAGCAGUUUAUCCCUACUGCCCUGGAGCCAGGAAAUAGCAACUCCAUUUUUGAGGAAACAAGGAUCUUUGCACCCAGAGGAAUUUCAGACCCAGAGAACUGUCACUGCAUACAAGGGGGGAGAAGUCCCUCACCAAGGCCAAUGACGUGCCCUGCUUUCCUGCAAAAGAUUUUCAAGUAUUUUUUAUAGUUAUACCUCAAGACUUUACUACUGUAUUUUUUUACCAAGUGGAAAAUGUUGAGAUAUCACCAAAAAAAAAAAAAAAAAAGGUCCUGGGAAGCUCAAGCCAUGACUCAAACUCUUAAAUGCAAGAUGUAAAAUGUAGCUUUUUUUUUUUACUCCAAUGUUUUAUUUUAUUGGAAGAAGAAGAAUGGAUUCAUUUUUCAUAGUUUUGACAAUCUGACCAAGAGGUCUUUUUAUCCAAAAAGAAGAAUUAAGUGCCUAUGGGAAGCUGUGGAUGCAGUAAAUUGCUGGGUCUAAAUAACAAACAGCCCUGAAGACAGAGACUGUGUGUGCUCCAAAAUCCUGCAGAACAGGGAUGGGAUGUGGCACAAGCAUUGAAGAUUUUCCAGAGGAUGAUUCCGUGUUUUCACCACUGCCUCCAUGCAUGUCUUUUAGUAUUUAUAUUAGAAGAAUAUGCUAGAAUUGAUCUGUUCAUGCUUGUUGGGUCUUCCAAGUGCCUUCCUAGACCUACCCAGUGUAGACCAAUACAUGUUCAGAAAUACCAGUUACGUUGUAAUGCUUCACUUUUUCUAGGUUACUUCAAUAAUUGAAUAAAAAAAGGUUGGUUUAAGUUUC